UGUAUACGUCAGAUCAAAUGAAAAUUUGAGGACUGUUUUUCUCAAAAUAUUGCUGAAUUUCCAUACAAUUUUACUGUUUCAUUGUCGGGAGUCGCAUUUUGGACAGCCUAGAAAAGUUAUCGAAACAGAAUCAUCAUGUUCCGUUCGUCUAAUUUCGAUAAAAGUCUGGAUAGUGCCACCAGCAACCUUAUCCUGGAACCGGAUUGGCAAGCAACGAUGGUCAUCUGCGAUACCAUCCGCCAGGGUGACGUCACGGCCAAAUACGUGAUGCAGCAGCUGAAGAAAAAGAUGUUUUCGCCGAAUCCGCACACGGCGCACUAUGCCCUACUGGUGCUGGAGAGUGUUGUCAAAAACUGUGGGGCUCCCAUUCACGACGAGAUUUCGAACAAGGCCAAUUGCGAGAUGUUCCAGAGUCUGGUGAACAGCAGCCCGCACGACGAGGUUCGCAUGAAAAUGCUAGAACUGAUUCAGGCCUGGGCUUGUGCCUUCCGCACGGUGUUCAAGUAUCGGUCGAUUCGGGAUACUAUGAACAUUUUGAAGAGCGAAGGACACAAGUUCCCUGAGCUGAAGGAAGCGGACGCUAUGUUUACCUCGGAGAAUGCCCCUGAUUGGGCCGAUGGUGAAGUUUGCCACCGUUGUCGAGUGGCUUUUUCGUUCACGCAGCGAAAACAUCAUUGCCGCAACUGUGGUCAGGUGUUCUGCCAUCAGUGCUCUUCUAAAAACAGCACUUUGCCCAAGUUCGGCAUUGAACGUGAGGUCCGUGUUUGCGAUGGAUGCUAUGCUCAACUGCAGCGUCCGACACCGACUCUGACGAAGAAGGCUACCGAGGAGGAAGAUUUGCCUGCCGAGUAUCUAAGCAGCUCUUUGGCUCAGCAAACUCAAGCGCCAGUUCGCAAGACGGAUGAGGAGCUGCGAGAAGAGGAAGAACUACAACUGGCAUUGGCUCUUAGUCAGUCAGAAGCGGAGACGAAAAAAGCUGGGCAACCUCGUAAAACGUUUCAUAAGUCUCCGAGUCCUGAGCCUGUCAAGGUUCAACGUAGUCCAAGUCCGAUCGAGGAAAUUCCUUCCGAUCCGGAACUCGCUCGUUAUUUGAAUCGCAAUUACUGGGAGCAGCGUCAAACGGCAGACUCCCCGGCUUCACCUUCCGCUCCAAGUCCGAUGCCGAGUCCAAUGCCCGUUCAGCCCACUUUAAUUGUGCCGAAAAUGGGCGCUGAGGAUGCCGAGAUAGAUGAAUUUGCAAAGCUGAUGAAGACCCAAGUGGAGAUUUUCGUUAAUCGCAUGAAGUCCAACUCCAGCCGUGGACGCAGCAUUUCUACUGAUAGCUCCGUGCAAACGUUGUUCAUGAACUUGACUUCGUUGCAUUCUCGUCUUUUGACAUUCAUCAAAGACAUGGACGAUAAACGCAUGUGGUACGAGCAGCUUCAGGAUAAACUAACUCAAAUCAAGGACUCACGAGCUGCUCUUGAUGUUCUUCGCCAGGAACACCAGGAGAAGUUGCGUCGAAUUGCCGAAGAGCAGGAACGACAGAAGCAGAUGCAAAUGGCACAGAAGCUGGAAAUUAUGCGAAAGAAGAAACAAGAAUACCUUCAGUAUCAACGUCAGCUGGCCUUGCAGCGCAUCCAGGAGCAAGAACGAGAGAUGGCAUUACGUCAGGAGCAGCAAAAAGCGCAAUACCGCAUGGGAACCGCCUUCCCGUUCAUGUCCCCUCCAAACCAAGGGCAACCACAACAUUCCCCAGCUCAUGUUGGAGUUGCAAACUAUCCUGGAUAUGGCUAUCAGCAAAUGCCAACUGGAGGCACACUUCCCCACUAUGGCCCUCCGGGUAGUCAGCCCGGUAUGCCGCCUCAAAUGGGUCAGCAACUAUUUUCUCCGCAGCAAGGGCCUCAAUCAAUGCCCGGUGGCGGCCAAUUUAUGGGUCCUGGUAUGCCUCAAGGUCCUCCUGGACCUGAUGUCAAUACUAACCAUCCUCAGCAACCACCGUCAGGACAGCCAGGUCAACAGCAACAACAAGUUCCGCCUCCACCGGGAAUGGCUCCUCCGCCCGGCAUGAACAUGAUUCCGCCUUCGGGAGUCGGUCAAAUGCCUCCACCUGGUCCUCCAAUGAUGGUACCUCCACAACAGCCACCGCAAGGUAUGCCGAUGGGUAUUGCAGGAACGCUACCACCCGGUGGUCACAUGCAGCCUCCGCAGGGACUUUCCGGUGGUGCUGAAGUACAACAACAGCAACCACCACCACCAGUUGUACAACAACCCAGUGGUCCACCAACAGCACCAGUCGUAGCUCCGAUAUCAGCUCCAGCUCCAGUUCAACCUCCAGCAGCACCGUCUGCUCCCGAACCAGCAACGGCCGAACUGAUCAGCUUUGAUUAAACAUAUUUACAGAACCGUAUUUGUGCAACAUUCAAUAAAAUUAUACUAAUCCAUAAUGGCACAAGGGUUUUUGAACAUGCGCAGUAUGCAUAGAAGAUUAUUAUAUCCAUUCUUAAAUAUCUACCAAGCGCUAAUGAUAUCGAAUAUUAAUGAUUGCGUAAUCUAUGCGAAUCUUAUAUAUUUUGAAAAUCUGGUUAUCUCGUAGCAAAGCCGGUAGCUUUUCAAAUGCAAUCAUCGUGAGUAAUUUAACCUCAAUUGUUGUUCCCAUAAUGUUAAAUGUACGUGCA